AGCAUUAGCCGUACUUUUCUAUACGUUCAUCCAUCCAUCCUGUUGGAGCUGAGCUGAAGGAGCGUUCACGUCUCGGUUUCCACUAAACAACAUGCUGCUGCUGCUGCUGUUGCUGAGUGUUGCGCCCGUUGAGAGAGAUCCAGCAUUGUGAGUUUAUACGGGAGUGUUUAUGUUGGAGCUGUAAAAGUGACAGCUGGCUCCAGCAGCUUAGCAAGCAGCAGAGCUCCUUUCAUUUCCCUGUUGUCAACGUCACAGAUAGACGUCUUCCAAAAGCUUCUUCUGGCGUGACCGCGUGCGAGCCCAGCACCAUGUCCGAACCAGUGGUGGUGGAGCCUCCUAAAGCAGGAGGAACACUGGAGUCCUGUGGUGCAGGAGACAGCUCAGCGUCCCUUGAUGACGGCAUUGUAGACCCAGCAAAUGAGUCAUCAGAGGAAGAGUCCACCGGGGAGAAGGAGGAGGAGGUCGCUGCUGGAGAUGCAGCCGCCGCCGCUCUGCAGAGCUCAGACAUACCACAGGUGAACGCGCAGCGCCCAGACUCCCUGUCCGUGCCGCCGUCCUCAGAGCUCCGUCUCUGGACGACGCAGCGCAACGGAGAGGUGAAACUCCGGAUGGAGGAAUCCGGUGUGGCUGCAGAGAAACCUCUGACUGUGAACCAGAUGUUUGCUGCAGCUGCAGCUCGAUUCAGUGACUUCACAGCUUUGAAAUGGAAGGAGGGCGAGGGGCAGAAAUCCCUCACCUACAAACAAUACUACCAGGACUGCCGCACUGCUGCCAAGAGCUUCUUAAAGCUCGGUCUGGAGCGUUUCCAUGGCGUCGGGAUUCUGGGCUUCAACUCUGCCGAGUGGUUCAUCGCCGACAUCGGCGCCAUUUUGGCCGGCGGGCUCGCUGUGGGGAUUUACACCACCAACUCCCCUGAGGCCUGUCACUACGUAGCAGAAAACUCCAAAGCUAACAUUAUUGUGGUGGAGAACCACAAACAGCUGCAGAAAAUCCUCCAGAUUGAAGACAAGCUGCCUCACUUGAAAGCAAUUAUCCAGUACAAAGAUGCACUAAAGGAGAAGAGACCCAACCUGUACUCGUGGGCAGAAUUCAUGGAGCUCGGCCGCGACGAUCCGGAUGGGCCUCUUGAUGCAAUCAUCUCCAGCCAGAAGCCCAACCAAUGCUGCACACUCAUCUACACCUCAGGAACCACGGGCCAGCCGAAGGGCGUGAUGCUGAGCCAUGAUAACAUAACUUGGACUGCAUAUUCCACGUGUUUACACGUCCAGCUGACGGACGCCGCCGAGGCCCAGGAGAAGGUGGUCAGCUACCUGCCGCUGAGCCACGUCGCGGCUCAGAUGGUCGACAUCUGGGUCACCAUGAGGGCCGGAGGGCUGACUUACUUCGCUCAACCGGACGCCCUGAAGGGAUCUCUGGUGAACACUUUGAAGGAAGUGCAUCCGACGGCCUUCAUGGGCGUCCCACGUGUCUGGGAAAAGAUGCAGGAGAAAAUGAAAUCUGUCGGAGCGAAAUCAUCUGCUGUGCAGAGGAAAGUGGCUGCCUGGGCCAAAGAUGUCGGUCUGCAGACCAAUCUGACCAAAAUGAAUCAAAACGUAGCAGCUGCCCGCAACCCGCUCAGCUAUCAGAUUGCCAAAAAGCUUGUGUUUAAGAAAGUACGCAAGGCUCUCGGCCUGGACCGCUGCACCAAAUGCUACACAGGCGCCGCCCCGAUCACCAAAGACACCCUGGAGUUCUUCCUCAGCCUCAACAUUCCUCUCUACGAGCUUUAUGGCAUGAGUGAAAGCACCGGACCCCACACCAUCUCCAAACCUGAGGCCUUCAAACUCACCAGUUGUGGUAUAGAGAUCCCAGGAUGUAAAACAAAGCUGCACAGCCCCGACGAGGAAGGAAACGGUGAGAUCUGCUUCUGGGGCCGCCAUGUCUUCAUGGGUUACCUCAACAUGCUCGACAAGACGCAGGAAGCCAUCGACGAAAACGGCUGGCUGCACUCGGGCGACCUGGGCAAACACGACAACGGGUUCCUCUUCAUCACCGGUCGUAUCAAAGAGAUGAUCAUCACAGCGGGAGGCGAAAACGUCGCUCCGAUCCCGAUCGAGGACGCAGUGAAGGAGGCCGUGCCGCUGAUAAGCAACGCCAUGUUGAUCGGAGACAAGAGGAAGUUUCUCACCAUGCUGCUCACUAUUAAGUGCCAAGUGAACGCCGAGACGGGCGACCCCGAGGACGAGCUGACGCCCGAAGCCGUGGAGCUCUGCAGGAAUCUGGGCAGCAACGCCACGCGCGUCUCCGACAUCGCGGGCGGCCGGGACCGCACCGUCCACGCCGCCAUCCAGGAGGGGAUCAACCGGGUCAACGAGACCGCCACCUCCAACGCUCAGCGCAUCCAGAAGUGGAUCGUUCUGGAGCGGGACUUCUCAGUCGGCGGAGGAGAGCUGGGUCCGACCAUGAAGCUGAAGCGACCCGUGGUGCUGAAGAUGUACAGAGAGCAGAUCGACAACUUCUACAAAGAGACGCCGACCCCAACGACCCAGGAGAACCCGCUGCCUCCCCAGUAGACGCCCUUUGACCUUCCGACAUUUCUCCGCCUCGUUGGUCCUUCUCCUGAUGUCGUUUGGUUCCUGUUGGACCGCUUCGUCUCGCUUUGUUCUUGUUGUGCAGGCAAAAGCGGAGAAUUAGCUUUAUGUUUUUAAAUCUAAACGCAGCUAUUUAUUUGACUGUGACGAAGAAUCCAGACGGAGCCGUUUGUCGUACUGAAAUACUUGAGCUACAGACAUGAAGUCCAAAAACGCAGUGGUUGAUACAGGAACAACUUCUCAUAUUUAUUUUUUAGUUUGCCAAAGUUGGUGUUUUUUUUGCCAAGAAAAACAUGUCAACUGAUUAAAAAAAAAUGUUUUAGUUGCAGUUUGCAGAAACAGCGUUUGACAUCUGAAGUCAAACGCUGCAAAAACAAAAUAUUACAAAGUAUUUUUGGUAGGAUUACCAGGGCGAAUAUUUUAGUGUUCUUUAAAUACAACUGACAAGUAGCUUUUCAGCAAGGGAGCUUUUUCAAGUAAAUAAUUCAUCAUUAAUAAACAAAAAAGGUAUUAGUUCCACUGACAAGAUAUUUUUCCCAAGUUCUAUGUAAAAUAAUCUGCCAGAGGAACCAGAACUUUUUAAAUGAACAUUAAUAAAUUGAUUUAAAACAAAAAAAUUUAUAUCUUGUUGAAAAGUUAUUUGUAAGACACUUGCAUUAGAAACUAAAAAUACUUGGUAAUAUUUUGUGUUUAUGCAGUGAAGUUAUCUUUAAAUCCAAAACAUGAAGCCAUAUCUGUUGCUUUUUUAAAAUCCUCUGUUUAUUUGUUUUAUGCUCACUUGUUUAUUGUGUGGAAUAUUGUAAAAAAUAUUUGCUAUUUUUGGUUUUAUUUACACUUCUUGGUUGAAUCGGUUCGUUUCAUCCAAGCAGACGGUGAAAUUUUAAGUUUGUGCAUCAACGUUCUGAUGCGUCUGUGUGCAUCCUCUGGCCUUCUUGAAGAUUUAAUUUUGUAUUUUAUAAACCAUAAACUUAAAACAAAAGCUAAUUGCACUCAGUACAGCUGAUGUAUUCAUGCGGUUGUUUGUAUAUAAUGAUACUUUAGGUGUGAGGCAUUCAGACAGUGGUAGAGGAAGUGAUAACUCUGUGGUUCUGGUUCUCUAAAAGCAGCUAAAGCUGACUGUAAAUAAGAGUUAUUUAAACAGCCGAAUAAAGGAAAUGACGGUAAUUCAGCGUCAGGUUUAAGUGGGUUUUCAGUUCCUGCAUCAUUCGUCUAAACAACAAGCAGAUCUAAAUAAAGCUGCGGUUCAUCGGUAAACAAGCAACAAGCUGCAGAGAUGUUUCUAGCAGCACGAGAGCCCAGACAGAAACUGAAUCUACCUGAACCUGAGAGGCUGUUUAAUCAGGAAAUGUGCUGCAGAUAUAAAGUGAAGGAGGUCCAUUCAUCCUGACACCAAUGUGAAGAUUUCUUUCAUCUGUCCUGGAAUAAAAAUAUGAUUGCAAUCA